CGCUCACCCACUCCCACCCUUUUCCCCGCCCCCUCCUGCCUGCCCUCCCCAAACGACGGUGGCCGCACUGGGAGCAAAAGCAUUCAGCACGUCUAACUAAGGCCUUGCCAGAGCGUGCGAUCCGGCCGCCGGGACUGCACGUACGCGUGCGCAAAGGUGUAAAGCUGGGAAGGUACGCUGAGGCUCGGAGGUGGAGGCGCAGCGCUCGGGAGGUGAGGUGAGGCGCUGCCUGGUGUGACUCGCCCUCGUCAGUAUUUCCUAAAUGACCUUACACCCUUUGCCACCCUGGUCCUGGGCCAAGAUCAGCCAAUCAAAAUCCUUACCCAGAAUUUUUUGAACUGAAAUUGAGAGAAAAAUCCCUCUUCAGUAUGGAAGCCAUAAAAUGUAAAAUACAGGAGCUGUCAGCAGCCAUGUGUCCUGCCGUACGGAGCCAGCUGGUGUGCUGUGAGAAGGAAGCCGACGUGCCAGCAGCAGCAGAGAACCAUGUGUGCUCAAUACUGUAUCUCCUUUGCUGAUGUUGAAAAAGCUCAUAUCAACAUUCAAGACUCUGUCCACCUCACCCCAGUGCUGACAAGCUCCAUUUUGAAUCAAAUAGCAGGGCGCAAUCUUUUCUUCAAAUGUGAACUCUUCCAAAAAACUGGGUCUUUUAAGAUUCGAGGUGCCCUUAAUGCCAUCAGAGGCUUAAUUCCUGACACUCUAGGAGGGAAGCCCAAAGCUGUUGUCACUCACAGCAGUGGGAACCAUGGCCAGGCUCUCACCUAUGCUGCUAAACUGGAAGGAAUUCCUGCUUACAUUGUGGUUCCCCAAACAGCUCCCAACUGCAAGAAACUGGCAAUCCAAGCCUAUGGAGCAUCGAUAGUGUACAGUGAACCGAGUGAUGAGUCCAGAGAAAAGGUCACUCAAAGAAUUAUGCAAGAAACAGAAGGCAUCUUGGUCCAUCCCAACCAGGAGCCAGCAGUGAUAGCUGGACAAGGAACAAUUGCCCUGGAAGUGCUCAAACAGGUUCCCUUGGUAGAUGCACUGGUGGUACCAGUGGGAGGAGGAGGAAUGGUUGCUGGAAUAGCCAUUACAAUUAAGGCCCUGAAACCUAGUGUGAAGGUGUACGCUGCUGAGCCCUCGACUGCAGAUGACUGCUACCAGUCUAAACUGAAAGGAGAACUGACCCCCAAUCUUCAUCCUCCAGAAACCAUAGCAGAUGGUGUCAAAUCCAGCAUUGGCUUCAAUACCUGGCCUAUUAUAAGGGACCUUGUGGAUGAUGUCUUCACUGUCACAGAAGAUGAAAUUAAGUAUGCAACCCAGCUGGUGUGGGAAAGAAUGAAACUGCUCAUUGAGCCUACUGCUGGUGUUGGCUUGGCCGCAGUGCUGUCUCAGCAUUUCCAAACAGUCUCUCCAGAAGUCAAGAACAUCUGUAUUGUGCUCAGUGGUGGGAAUGUAGACUUAACCUCUUUAAAUUGGGUGAAGCAGGCUGAACGGCCAGCUCCUUACCAGACUGUUUCUGUUUAAAUUCAAGGAAGA